CCCCGUCCCCCCAAGGUUCCAUAAUGAUAUCAUAUACGCAUAAUGCCAUUCUUGUGUUUACGCUUGUGGAAUAUAAUACUGGCUCUUGGACCAACAAGAUCAUAAUCCUUUUUGGGUUGAUCUGCUGAGGCAUUAUAAAACCCAAAGUCAAUAGGUGGAAGUAACCCAAACAGUACAGGAAAAGCGUAAUGUCUAAUGUCUAAAUCGUUCAUGUCUAUGUCUAUAUGUCUAUAUGUCUACAUUUCUAUAUGUCUAUAUGUCUAUAAUUCUAUGAAUCUUCUUCUUGGUCCAAGUUUCUUUUCCAACUCUAUGGCUCCGUUUCUAAGUCUAGGUUUCCGUUCUAUGUCUAGUUUUCCUUUGUCUAUAUUUCCGAUUUAUGUCUAUGUCCCCUUUCUAAAUGCAGUAAAUAAAAAAAAUGCGAAUUUGUCUUGACUUAGUCGAUAUCAUCGAGUCCACCAAACUCUCUU